GGGAGCGCGAGCCGGCCGGACCGCGGCGCCGCCCGAGCCAAUCGCCGUCGCCGGGCUCUCCAUGGGCGAGCGGGAGGAGGGGGCGGUGGGCGCAGCCGGCCGGGCCGCAGCCGCUCCGAGGUGAACGGCGCCGAGACGCGCUCGCGGCGCGAGGAGGCCGGGCGCGCCGCCGCGAUGAAUUCCGCCGAGCAGACCGUUACGUGGCUCAUUACCUUGGGCGUGCUGGAGUCGCCCAAGAAAACCAUCUCGGACCCGGAGGGCUUCCUGCAGGCGUCUCUGAAGGAUGGGGUGGUCCUCUGCAGGCUGCUGGAGCGCCUGCUGCCCGGCACCAUCGAGAAAACGUUUGAGGCAAACGAUUUGUAUCAGGGGCAGAAUUUCAACAAGGUCCUCAGCUCCUUAGUGACGCUGAAUAAAGUAACAGCAGACAUCGGCCUGGGGAGUGACUCCGUGUGCGCCCGGCCCUCCUCCCACCGGAUCAAGUCCUUCGACUCCCUGGGCUCGCAGCCUGCGCACGGCCGGACUUCACAGUUGUUCCAGGGCCAGUACCGCAGUUUGGACAUGACCGACAACAGCAACCAUCAGCUGGUCGUCAGAGCCAAGUUUAACUUCCAGCAGACGAAUGAAGACGAGCUGUCCUUCACGAAGGGCGACGUCAUCCACGUGACGCGGGUGGAGGAGGGGGGCUGGUGGGAGGGCACGCACAACGGCAGGACCGGCUGGUUCCCGAGCAACUACGUGCGCGAGGUCAAGCCCAGCGAGAAGCCCGUGUCACCGAAAUCCGGAGCCUUGAAGAGCCCUCCCAAAGGAUUCGAUACAACUGCCGUUAACAAAGGCUACUACAGUGUGGUGCUACAGAAUAUUUUGGAAACAGAAAAUGAAUAUUCUAAAGAACUUCAGACUGUGCUUUCAACCUACCUACGGCCCCUGCAGACCAGCGAGAAGUUAAGUUCAGCAAACACGUCACAUUUAAUGGGAAAUCUGGAAGAAAUAUGUUCUUUCCAGCAAAUGCUUGUACAGUCUCUAGAAGAAUGCACCAAGAUGCCGGAGGCCCAGCAGAGGGUCGGGGGCUGCUUCCUCAGCCUGAUGCCACAGAUGAAGACCCUGUACCUGGCGUAUUGUGCCAACCACCCAUCCGCGGUCAGCGUCCUCACGGAACACAGUGAGGAGCUGGGAGAGUUCAUGGAGCUGAAGGGCGCCAGCAGCCCAGGGAUUCUCGUGCUGACCACCGGCCUCAGCAAGCCGUUCAUGCGCCUGGACAAGUACCCUGCGCUGCUCAAGGAGCUGGAGAGGCACAUGGAGGAUUAUCACCCAGACAGACAAGAUAUUCAGAAAUCCAUGACCGCCUUCAAAAACCUUUCAGCGCAGUGUCAGGAGGUGCGGAAGAGGAAGGAGCUGGAGCUGCAGAUCCUGACGGAGGCCGUCCGCAACUGGGAGGGCGACGACAUCAAGACCCUGGGCAGCGUCGUCUACAUGUCCCAGGUCCUGAUCCAGUGUGCCGGCAGCGAGGAAAAGAAUGAGAGAUAUCUUCUACUCUUUCCAAAUAUUUUGCUAAUGUUGUCUGCCAGUCCUAGGAUGAGUGGUUUUAUAUAUCAGGGAAAGCUACCAACGACAGGAAUGACAAUCACAAAGCUUGAGGACAGUGAAAAUCAUAGAAACGCGUUUGAAAUAUCAGGGAGCAUGAUCGAGCGGAUCUUGGUGUCCUGCAACAACCAGCAGGACCUCCAUGAGUGGGUGGACCACCUGCAGAAGCAGACGAAGGUCACGUCGGCAGGGAACCCCACCGUCAAGCCCCACUCCGUGCCGUCCCACACUCUCCCCUCCCACUCCAUCACCCCGUCCAGCAAGCACGGGGACAGCAAGCCCGCGCCGCUGACGCCCGCCUACCACACGUUGCCCCACCCCUCCCACCACGGCACUCCACACACCACCAUCAACUGGGGGCCCUUGGAGCCUCCGAAGACCCCCAAGCCCUGGAGCCUGAGCUGCCUGCGACCCGCACCCCCGCUGCGGCCCUCUGCUGCCCUCUGCUACAAGGAGGACCUGAGCAAGAGUCCCAAGACCAUGAAGAAGCUGCUCCCCAAGCGCAAGCCAGAGCGGAAGCCCUCAGACGAGGAGUUCGCACUGAGAAAAAGCACGGCUGCGCUGGAGGAGGAUGCCCAGAUCCUGAAGGUCAUUGAAGCUUACUGCACCAGCGCCAAGACGCGGCAGACGCUCAACUCAACAUGGCAGGGCACUGACCUGAUGCAUAAUCACGUCUUGGCUGACGACGACCAGUCAAGCCUAGACUCCUUGGGUCGUCGCAGCAGCCUGUCCCGUGUGGAGCCUUCAGACUUCUCGGAAGACUCUGACUAUGACAGUAUAUGGACAGCCCAUAGUUACAGGAUGGGUUCUACACCUCGUAAGAGCUGUUGCUCAUAUAUCUCUCACCAGAACUAACGCGCCUCUCAGCUUUCCUUAACGAUGCUUGUCCGCAGCCUGCUUUUCUUAGAUGUUCUCUCGGUUUCUUGUCUCUUAUGUGAUGUUUUAACAACUUUGGGGAGCGUUUCUGCUGUUUCCCACUGUACUUUGUGGGGCUUACUGGCCACGUGGAGUGUCCACGCAAGCGACUGACUGUUGAAAGCGGUGGCGUGUCCGCACAGCCACACCGAGGGUCCUUUGCCCAUGGGCAGUGGUGGUCUCACAGCUCCACGUGGCACGGUUAGGUUUUUUAUUCUCAGCGUAGCGACUGUCUUGUUUCUUUUUAGAUACAGCUGUAUGAACACGUUUGUAUUUUAUACUGAAACCACACAGGUCUGUGAUCUGAGUGACCUAAGCGACGUGGAGGAGACUCUGGCCUUCCAUACAGGGACGUAAUUGUGUGUGUGCGGGACGCGGCAGUCCAGUAGGUGGAGAGAGGAGAAGAACCGUGCCUCCAGAGCCGAGUCCAGACCGGACGGCCGAGUGCUCGGCUGCCCUGGAGGAGCCUCUGUCAGUGCGGCGGGGGUGGGCUCCAGGCCGGGCCGGCGCGCGAGGGGCACAUCCACACCCCGCAGAUGGCUGGCUCCGGGCCCCGCUUCCCCGCAGGCCAGACAGCCGCAUGUCAUCCCCCCAGACUUCCGUUAGUUGGAGGAGUUUCCCUUAGAAGGCGCUUGGCAAGCCGGUGCCCCUGCAGGGCAGGGCGGAAGUCUGGCCUCUGAGGGCAUAGGUCAGGCUGUGUGCGUACCCAGGAAGCCUGGCCGCCCCGACUCCCAGGUCCGAGCCUGCUGCCCGUGGGCACACGUGCUUGUUCUCAGCUGCAGGGAGACUCCCUUCACAGCCCCGGUGGAACAUCACCCUCACUCUUGGUCGUCAUGGUGAUGCAAGUCCCCAAACGUUUACCAAGUUGCUGUGUAACAGACUUAUGAGAACAUUUCAGAUCUGGGGGUGCCCCCAACUUCCUGGGGCUUGUUGUGGGAGCUCCUCACUGCCCUCCCUCAGACUGGCUCCUGCUUCACUAAGAACUGACUGUGCCCUGUGGCACGCACUCAUGGCACCAGUCCACACCCAGUCCACACUGGGGGGUAGGGUGGGGCCCCUCCGCCUCACAGUCAGCUGUGUGUUAGGGACGCCAUGAAGCCGGCCUCAGAAAGCGAGAUGCCAUAACAGUCGGGGGUGGCGUCUUCCCUCCGUGUGGGUGGCCCGGCCCUGUGCUCCCGGCGCCCCGCCUCCUCUAGCACCAGGCAUGCGGGGUUCUGACCUCAUUUGCACGGAGCGGCUGUGUGCCGGUGUCCUGCGCCCCAUGCCCGGGGAGCUGGCCCCGCUGUGCACGGCGCUGGUCCCCGUGGCCCUCCCAGGGUCCCGGCAGGAGCUGUGCUGGAGGGCCAGCGCCCCAGGCAGGGGCUCGUUAGGAAACCAGGAGUCCCACACGUCUGUCGGUCCCCAGGUGUCUGCUGAACUGCUCAUGCCACCUGGCAAGUUCAUAUUUUUGUAUCAGUUAGUGUAAAUAAGAAAGUUGAGGAGCAGUCUUUUAGAGUUAGUCAGAGCCCAGUGUUCGCCCGUUGGGGAGAGGGGUUUAUAUACAUUCAGCCAAGUAGCAAGUGGGAUUAUGGGAGAAAUACGGUCACUGUGAGGCUCAUAUGCUUCAUGUCAUGCAGUGCAUUCAGAAACGUGUUUCACUUCAUGUCACAGCAGGUGAUGUCACAGCCUUCAGGCUCUCACGGUGCAGGGUUUUUCCUGUGCUCAGAGACUGAGUGUGCUGGGCCGGGCGUUGCAUGUGGGGUUUUGGGCCUUGUGCUGUGUGCACCUGGGUUUCUCUUGAACGCCAAAUGUCAUCUGGGUUGUCCUGACAUUGAUAUUCCAAACACCAAAGUUUUCCUGUUUUCCCAUAAUUCCUCUUUGUGCCAAUUAAAGCCAUUUUGACAAUGAUUUUCUGUUGAUUCUAACUAAGAUCACUACAGAAUGACCACCUGGCUGUCUUGUCUGUCUGGGUUUGUUCUGAAGUCUGGCACCUCUUGCCCUUGUGACCUAGUUGGAAGUAUUUGUACCACUGGCUUGAAAGCCAUUCUCAUGGGGCCGAGGAGAAGGCGCGCCAUGGCCAGUGUUUCCACUGUUGCUGAACUUCAGUCAUGAUGAAAUAGUACCUGUGUUUCUGCCAUUCUGUAAUAUCUCUGUGUACAGUUAGUGUUAUAAUGACGGGGGAAGAUUCUGAGCUGCAGGGCAGGUUUAAGCCGUUUCCAGGCCCUUUGCCAAUGGCUCAAAUGGUGUUCCCAUUGAAUUGAUACUUGCCACAAGUCUAUAAGCUAUAUUAUGUGUUUUGCAUAAAACUGCCAAAACACAGGGAUGUGUAUAUAGUGGUGAAGACCUUGAAAAAAGUCUGCGUAUUGUGCUUUUAAUCUGUGAACAGGAAAGCCAUUUUCCGUGGGCGCCUGCCGUUCUGGACUCAGUCGGCUGUGUACCUGGAUGUCGCAUUGUACUGUACAGUAUGCAUAUUCUGUUUGUGGCUGCAUAUGGCAAUGAAGUGUUUGUUUUAUAUUCAAAAAAAGACAUCUGUUAUAUACAGUUGAAAUAAAUUUUGCAUUUGCUAGC